UUGGCUUUAGUUGGUAAAUUUCUAUACGUGAGUCGACAGUAUUAUAUAUAUAUAUAUAUAUUGACUGAACUACCGCAUAAGAAACCGGCAAACUCACAUAUUUAUAUAUAUAUAUAUUUAAACAAAUGAAAAGAAAAGAAAGAAAUUUAACAAAAAAAAAAAUUUUUUUCAUUUUUAUCAGUUAUUUUUGAAAAAAAAAUUUCACCUCUCUUUUUUUUGUAGAAUUUACUGUUCCAAAGAAAUUUCAUAUAAAUUUUUUAUUUAUUAUACCCCUUUUUUUUCGAUUUCAAACAAUUGAUUUCAUUGUUCUCGUGUUUUUUUUACCCAUACUCUAUAGAUAUAUCUAUAUAUUGACAGUAUUACACAAUGGUGCUCUUAAUAAUGAACAAUUAUUCAUCUAAUGUGAUAAAGAUAUUUUAAGUGUUUUUAUAUUAAAAAAAAAAAAAAGAAAGAAACAAUUUUUUUUUUUUUUGUUGAAAUUUUAGCAGGAAACAAAAUAUAAUAGUCAUUAAAUAAAUAUAUACAGUGAGUGCUCAUGGAAAAGAAAGGGUUUUAAUUUUCUUAGUGUGUGAAAAAUCAGAAAAAAAUCAGUGAUCAGUAUUUUAUAGUUUAUACUUUUUUUUUUAUUUUCCUUUUUUUUUUGCUGCUUGUGAGGGAACAAAAAAAAAAAAUGAACAAAAAUGAAAAAAGAGAAGCAAGAAAUCCCCGUGAAGGAGCCAAUCCAUUGUCAAUUUUAUCAUUUGCAUGGCUCUGGAAAACCUUUAAAAUUGGUUGCAAGAGAGAAUUGGAGCAAACGGAUUUAUUUUCACCGCUCGAUUCCCAUGCGAGUCAAAUUAUUGGUGAUAAAUUGGAGAAACAGUGGCAGUAUGAUUCAAAUAAAUGUAAAAAAGGAAAGAAAAAAACAAAACCAAAAUUAUGGAAAAGUUUAGCAAAAUGUUUUGGAACAAAUAUCAUAGUCGUUGGAAUAGUACAAUUUAUAUUAGAAUUUAUUUUAACAAUACCACAACCAAUAAUAUUAGGCAAAAUUUUACAAUAUUUUAAUGGCACUGGCACAGUAACAAAAACAGAAGCAUACUAUUGGGCAGGACUAUUUACUUUUCUAUUUGCAUUGAGAAGUCCAUUUUUUCAUCUCUCAGUACAUUCUAUGCUUCAUUUAGGAAUGAAAAUAAGAGUCUCCUGUUGCUCUUUAAUUUACAGGAAAGUCCUCAGAACUUCCAAAUCAGCUGAAGCUUGUUCAAGUGCUGGACAGAUAGUGAAUUUACUUACAAACGAUGUGAAUUCAUUGGAUUAUGCAUUACCCUUCUUCCAUUAUAUUUGGAUGUCGCCAAUUAUGUUAAUAAUAAUUGCCUAUAUUAUUUUUAUUCAAAUUGAAUUACCAGCUUUGACUGGCAUUGCAUUGUAUGUUCUUAUCAUUCCACUUCAAGGAUUACUUGGAAAAUUUGUACCAAAAUUGGCAAUGCAAUCUGCCUAUCGAACUGACAAGAGACUUCGAUUAAUGAAUGAAAUUAUUGGCGGUGUACAAGUGAUAAAAAUGUACGCCUGGGAAAAACCAUUUUCUCAUCUUGUUGACAAGGCUAGAUUAAAAGAAGUAAGCGCAAUUAGAAAAAAUUAUUUUAUUGAUGCAUUUGCAAUGGCCUUUGAGUCUUAUGCCCCAAGACUUUGUGUUUAUGUAACAAUUUUAACGUACGCAUUACUUGGAAAUGCAAUUGUUGCAGAAAAAGUUUUUAUGAUUGCUGCAUUUUACAAUGAAAUGCGAUACUCAAUGAGCAUUGCUUUUCCCUUAGGAAUUCAACGAUUAGCUAAAGCCCUUGCGUCAAUAAAACGUAUUGAAGAAUUUAUGGAAUUAGAAGAAAUUCAACAAUCCCUUCUCGAUGAUUUGGCAAAUAGUAAUAAUGGUUAUCUUGCAAAUAAUAAAGACAUUGUAUUAACAUUGGACGCAAAUAAUUUAACAAUGGACAAUAAUAAAAUUGACGAUAAAAAAAAUGAAAAUUUCCCAAUAACAAAUGGAAUGACAUUAGUCAAUAACAAUUCACAAAUAGUUGUCAAUUUACAAAAUGCCUCAGCAAAAUGGGAACAAUCAUCCACGGAAUUAAAUUUAAAGUCAAUUAAUUUUACAGCUAAACGCGGUGCAUUAACCGCCGUUGUUGGACAAGUUGGUUCAGGAAAAACAAGUUUAUUUCAUGCAAUACUCAAAGAAUUACCAUUAACAUCGGGUAAUCUUCAUGUUCAAGGAAAAGUUGUUUAUGUUAGUCAAGAACCAUGGAUAUUUGCAUCAAGCAUUAGGCAAAAUAUUCUCUUUGGUUCGCCAAUGGAUAAAAAACGUUACGAUAAAGUAAUUCGUGUUUGUCAAUUGGAAACUGAUUUUAUGAUGUUUCCACAUAAGGAUCAAACAAUUAUCGGUGAAAAAGGUAUUAAUUUAAGUGGUGGUCAACGUGCAAGAAUAAAUUUAGCACGUGCCGUUUAUUCCGAAGCCGAUGUCUAUUUACUUGAUGAUCCAUUGUCAGCUGUUGAUACACACGUUGGACGUUCAUUAUUUGAAAAAUGUAUUUGUAAAUAUCUCAAGGGAAAAACACGUAUUUUAGUAACACAUCAAUUACAAUUCAUUAAUUCCGCUGAUAAUGUUUAUAUUUUAAAUAAUGGAAGUGUUCAAAUAAGUGGAACAUUUCAGGAAUUAAAAAAAUCAGAAUUAGAUUUUUUGUCAGUACUGCAAGCAACUGAAGAGGAGGAAAAAGAGAAGGAUGACAAUAAGGAAAUGUCAAUUAUUAAUGAUACAAUUGCCGAGGAUAUUACAUCAGAGGAGGAACGUGAAGAAAUUGCUGAACAUCGUACAUUUGGUAAAAUAUCGCAUAAAGUUUAUGGAGCUUAUUUUAAAGCAGUGGGAAAUUAUUGGAUUGUUGCACUUGUAUUUGGAAUUCUUAUUUUAUGUCAAAUAAUGUUGAGUGGUUCGGAUUUUCUUUUAUCAAAAUGGGUUGACGCCGAGACACAAGAAAUGAAAGUGAAUACAACGAUAUUGCCACUGCCAACGAGUGAGAGGAAUUUUUAUAUUUAUAUUUAUAGUGGUCUAAUUGGAGGUGCUGUUAUUAUUGUUUAUUUAAAGUCAUUACUUUAUUUUGAUAUGUGCUUGCGAUCGUCGAGAAAUUUACAUUCGAAUAUGUUUUAUAAUAUUUUACGUGCUACAAUGUCGUUCUUUCAUACAAAUCCAAGUGGAAGGAUUAUGAAUAGAUUUUCAAAGGACAUAGGCCAAGUGGACAAGUACUUACCCUUUAGUCUCAAUGACGUUUUGGAAAUUGCUGCCUUUCUAAUUGCAGUCCUAACAAUGACAUUCAGUAUCAAUUACUGGCUGAUCAUUCCAACAGUUUGCAUUGCAAUAAUUUUCUACUUUUUGAAAGCGAUUUACAUCAAAACAAGCAGAAGUGUCAAACGUCUUGAAGGAAUAACACGAUCACCAGUCUUCAGCCACUUAAGCGCAACACUCAACGGCCUAACAACAAUAAGAGCCUUCAGAGCACAACAAUUAUUAACAAAAGAAUUUGAUAAUCAUCAAGAUGUCCACUCAGCAAGUUGGUAUCUAUUCUUCUCGUGUUCAAGAGCAUUUGGCUACUAUUUAGAAUUGAUUUGCAAUAUGUAUGUUGCACUUGUAAUUUAUUCAUUCCUCGUUUUGUCUGACGGUGAUACUGUUGGUAAAGUUGGACUCAUCAUAACACAAACAACAAUGUUGGCCGGUAUGCUUCAAUGGGGUAUUGUACAAACAGCGGAGCUUGAAAAUCAAAUGACAGCCGUUGAGAGAAUAAUGGAAUACACAAAAAUACCUAAGGAACCAUCAUUGGAGAGUUCAGAUGAAAAUAAACCACCAUCAAUUUGGCCCGAUAUGGGUCGUGUUGAAUUUCGUAAUGUUUGUCUGAGUUAUACACACGGUGGUGAUUUGGUAUUAAAACAUUUGAGUUUUGUUGUGAAACCAACGGAAAAAAUUGGCAUUGUUGGACGAACUGGCGCUGGUAAAUCAUCAUUAAUUAAUGCACUAUUUCGUUUAUCAUAUAUGGAGGGUGAAAUUUAUAUCGAUGGAAUUGGAAUAAGUAAAUUGGGUUUACAUGAUUUACGUUCAAAAAUUAGUAUCAUACCACAGGAGCCAUUAUUGUUUGCCGGUACACUUAGAGAGAAUUUAGAUCCAUUUGAAGAAUAUACGGAUGAUGAAAUUUGGGAUUCAUUGGAUGAAGUUGAAUUAAAACAAGCUGUUGUUGAUUCUGGCCUCUAUGGUAAAGUAUCAGAUGGUGGGGCUAAUUUUAGUAUUGGUCAAAGACAAUUGUUGUGUUUGGCAAGGGCUAUUGUUAGAAAGAAUAAAAUUUUGGUACUCGAUGAAGCGACAGCAAAUGUUGAUCCACAAACCGAUGGAUUGAUACAAAAAACAAUAAGAAAAAGAUUUGAGAAUUGUACUGUUUUUAUUAUUGCUCAUCGAUUAAAUACUGUCAUGGAUUGCGAUAAAUUUAUUGUUAUGGAUGCUGGUCACAUGGUGGAAUUUGAUCAUCCAUACUUAUUACUACAAAAAGAAGAAGGUUACUUACACGAAAUGGUUCAACAUACUGGACCCGAAAUGGCACUAGUACUCACAAAAAUGGCCGAAGCUUCUUAUAAUACAAUUAAACUUAAUAAAUCAUAAUUUAAAAAUAUUUUAUUAAUUUAAGAAAAAAGAAAAUGCUUACUAGCAAAAUGUUUUAUUUUUUAAAAUAUUCAAACGUGAUAAAAAAAAAUACUUGUUUAAAAAAAAAAAAAAUACCAAAACUGAGAUUAAAUCUUAAAAAGAAGAAAAAAAAACAUUUUUUUCUAUUAGUUUCAAAAUGUGCCUUACUUUUGUAGGGUUAUUUAAAAAAAAAAAAAAUAAACAAAAUAGUCAAUUUUUAAUAUAAAUAUAUACAUAUAAAUAAAAUUUCAAAUUUUUUUUUUCCUACUUUUACUUGUUAUGUGAAACAAUUGUGAUAUAAUGAAACAUACAUAUAUAAAUAUAUUUUUUUUCGUCUAUUAAUAUAUAAAUAAAUAAAUA